UGGCGUCAGGCGCGGGGCGGCCGCCGGCAGCGGAGCUCCCGCCUCGCCUCCCGCGGGCGCAUAAAGGCGGCCGGCGCGGGGCUGCGCGCUGCCGGGGCGCGCAGGCGGCGGCGAGCGGGCGUGCGAGGGCCGGGCCCGCCGCGCAGCGCCCCCAUGCGCCUCGCCCGCGGCGCCGGCCCCCCGCGGGUGGCGCCCGCGCCCUGGAACAGCAGCCAGGGGCGGCCGGCGGAGGGCGGCAGCAGCCCCAGCCCCGAGGCCUGGUCGGGCUCGCCCAACGGCAGCCUGGGCGGCUGGGACCCCUUCGGGCGGGACGAGGAGCUGGCGAAGCUGGAGAUCGCCGUGCUGGCCGUCACCUUCGCCGUGGCGGUGCUGGGCAACGGCAGCGUGCUGCUGGCGCUGCGGCGCACGCCGCGCAAGGCGUCCCGCAUGCACCUCUUCAUCCGCCACCUCAGCCUGGCCGACCUGGUGGUGGCCUUCUUCCAGGUGCUGCCGCAGCUGUGCUGGGAGGUGACGCACCGCUUCCACGGCCCCGACGGGCUGUGCCGCGUGGUGAAGCACCUGCAGGUCUUCGGCAUGUUCGCCUCGGCCUACAUGCUGGUGGCCAUGACGGCCGACCGCUACAUCGCCGUGUGCCACCCGCUGAAGACGCUGCAGCAGCCCACCAAGCGCUCCUACGGCAUGAUCGCGGCGGCCUGGGCGCUGAGCCUGCUGCUCAGCACCCCACAGUACUUCAUCUUCUCCCUCAGUGAGGUGGAGCGCGGCUCGCAGGUCUACGACUGCUGGGCAAACUUCAUCAUGCCCUGGGGGCCCCGCGCCUAUGUCACCUGGAUCACCGGCGGCAUCUUCGUGGCACCCGUGCUCAUCCUCACCACCUGCUACGGCUUCAUCUGCUACCACAUCUGGCGCAACGUCCGCGGCAAGACACGCCCAGGCGAGGGCCUGGUGUCGGCGGGCGGGCGGCGGGCAACAGGCAGAGGCCCGUGCCAGGGGCUGCUGCUCGCCCCCUGCGUCAGCAGUGUCAAGACCAUCUCCCGCGCCAAAAUCCGCACCGUCAAGAUGACCUUCGUCAUCGUCUCGGCGUACGUUGUGUGCUGGGCACCCUUCUUCACCAUCCAGAUGUGGUCAGUCUGGGACCAGCACUUCCCCUGGGUCGAUUCUGAAAAUACUGCAACUACAGUCACUGCGCUAUUGGCCAGUCUGAAUAGUUGUUGUAACCCAUGGAUCUACAUGUUCUUUAGUGGGCAUCUCCUGCAAGACUGCAUACAGAGCUUCCCUUGCUGUCAAAAAAUAAAGCAAACGUUGAAUAAAGAAGAUUCUAACAGCAACAGUAGACGACAGACUUCUUUUACCAACAACAGAAGCCCAACCCAUAGCUUGAACACCUGGAGAGAAUUGCCACACUCAAAAUCUACCAGCUUCAUCCCCAUUCCAACUUGAGACAGGCACCCGGAGCAGGCAGGUGUUGGAGUCCAGUAGCAGCACUUAGGAAGAUUAUGGCAUAGCACUUUAAGUUGGUCAGAGGCACAGUCCCUUGGUAACAAGGAAUUACUUAGACGACCAUAAAAUGAAAUGUACCGUAUUGCUAAAUAAGAUACUCUGCAGUGUGUAAAUUAUUUUAUGAAAGGUAUAUGGGACUUGGGCAACUGAUCAGGAAGGAGUGACAACAAUAAAACAAUUAUUUUUCUAAAUAGAAUGUAUUUUUCAUUUUGUUUUAUGUUUAUAAAAUAAUGAGCACAUUGCUUGUUGUUCAAAGCAGUAAAAAUAGUGGAGCUGGUGUAUGUUGAGGUAACUCCGCUCUCUAGUGUUAAUGCCUAAAAUUUCUCAUGAUUGACCACUGAAGUCUCAGGGAAAGAAGAUGAUACAAAUAAGAUCACAGUUUGAUCUUAAAGAGAAAAGAGCUGGAAGGAAUUCCAGUCUGAGCAGAUAAGGUACGUGGUUAGAUAGGCUCUGAGUUGUCUGGAAUUUAAUUGAUCAUAUUGCUUUAUCUUUUCAGAUUACUUUUAAUUGUCUAACAACAGCUCAUAUGAAGGCAAAUCCAUCACUGCUGUCAAUGUCUGUAUAUAGAUUAUGGGGUUUGAUUUCUAGGGUGACAUUCCUUCUUCCCUUCAUGUUGAUGGAAGUUUUACAGCACUUUUUUGUAUUGUUUCACCUGCUUUGAAUGUUUUAAUUCAUUUUUUAAAAUAUAUUGAUAAGGUAGCAUGGUAAGUCAUGACUAGCCCAGCACUGUUACAAACAAAUACAUAAUGAAAACUGAUUGUGACUGCCAGAACCACUUGCUUUAUUGGUAGGAAUUGUAUUUUUUCUUUUUCUUCACUAAGAUAGCUAGGACCAAGCCACAUUUGGUCUUAAAUAAUAGCCCUAUAAAUUCAGGAGAAUGUUGCUGUUUGGUAACAGCUGUAGAAUCAGUAUAUUCCAAGACAAAUUUGGGAAUCAAUCUUACAACUUUCCUGGGAACAUGUAAGAACUGACAAUGUUAUUUAUUUAUUUUUGGCAGAUCAUGACAAUGUGGGCUUCAAAAGAGGUGGUAUGCUGCAGUGAAAAGUCAUCACCGCACAGUUAGCAAUCAUAAAGCAUUCAGUGUGUGCUUGUUUUCACUACAAUGCAUGCUAAGUCAAAUGCUGAUCUUAUUGCUCCUAAAUAUUCGUGUACUUCCAUGGAGACUGGAUUUUUCCUUGAGAUUGGGUUUUGAAGCUCCUCAAAUUAAUUUUGCUGUGUUUUUAAAGCCCAGAUGAUCUCUUUUGAAAGGAUGGCAUUGAGACUAGUGAAAGCAAAAUAAGACUGAAUGUAGUUCAGUGAACGUAUGCAUGCCGCUGUCCCUCUGUUCUGCCUGUCUGCUCCAUUUCCAUGAGCUCCCUGGGUCCUGAAAUGCUCCCGUCAUUCUCCUGGCAGCAUGUAGACUUCUGAUGCAGUUCUUGCUCGCUGUCCAGAACAGAGUGGGACAUGUGCAUGGAUGCAUAAUGUGCAUGCUUAUGUUUGUAAUGAGGGACCUCAGCAACGUUUCCUUUUUUUUUUUCUUCCUCAAAACCAGACUAACAAGAUUGCUUUUCUAAUUGCUUGAGGUAAAAAAUAAAUGGGGCUGUGACUGCGCCUUUCACGGAGGAUGGAGCUGUCCCCAUUCCCCUCUCAAUAAUCGCAGUAGAAAUUAAUAGAACUAGAUGCCAGAGAAGCCCAUAUCCAGCCCAUCUAUGUCCAGCCUGAAGCUCUCAGUCAUAUCAUUAAUUAUUUUGGGCAAAGAAGAGGGAACAGUGUAGUUCAAAAAAAGUUUAGCUUUUGUUGUCACUAAAGAAAAUUAUAGCUCUUUUCCCUACAUUUCUUUUUAGUGUUUACUGCUCUUCAGGCAAGCAAGCUAUUCUACUUUAUUUUUAUAUUGUCUGAAACACUAGAACCCAAAGGACGACAUGGUGGAAUGGCUUAUUUUUAACAGACUAUCUUUUUGACCACCUUUAGUAGACAAAUACGACUACAGUUGUCACCAGUUCUAGGUGAAGGUAUGUGAACCUGAAGUUGUAUUUUAGUCCAAAAAAUGCAUGCAGUGGUGUUGGGAGUGUGUGUAUUUGUGCAUAUUAUAUAUAUUGCAUAUAUUUAGCAAGAAGGUACUUCACAAUUACUUAAAUUGCAAAUGUUUCAAGUACACUAUUCUUUGUCUAGUUUUAUUUUUGUGUUACUACUUGCUUUGUACAUACAAUAUAUAUUAAAAAAGGAACUAGUUGUACUAAAAAAUACUGAUGGUUUGCUAAAUUGAAUUAUUUUUCUAUUACAGUUUUUAUUCAAACAAGGAAGACAGAAGGCAGAUGUAGAAUAAUGUUGAUUAUAAAACUAAUUUGUAUAAUGACCAGUAUAUAAAAAAUAAACUGAUUCAAAAUUAUAACUUUCAGUUUCUUCCAAGUACGUUACAAAAUCUAGGCUUACAUUUGGAGAUUAUCAGUGUAAAUGUUUUCUUUAACUAUUCUACAGGUUUUGUAAUUAAUUUGAUAAAACUAUUUAUCGGUAUUUGGAUUCCAGACAUUUUGUAAAUACUAAGCUUUGUUUUUUCAUGUGAUUGUAACCUUGGAAGACACAUCCUGUAUUUUUUAAAUUGCUCCUCUGUACAGAUGCAUUUUUUUAACAGUUGCUUUGGCUUAACAUGAGGGCAUGCUAAUGAAAACAGAAAGAAAGAAGAAAUUAUGAAAAAAAGUACACAUUUAAAACAUGGUAACUUGCUCUAAUAAACCUGUAUAUUUGUUUGAUGAAACGUAUUUUGGUUUUUUUUCUUGACUAGAUUUUGCAGAGCCUGAAACAUAUUUGGUGAGAUUUCGUAUAUUUUACAAAAGGUGAUAUUUCUUCUCUAAUUUUGCUGAGCUAUUUGCAAAAAAAGCUUUAAGGAGUGAACAAAUCUAAAAUGUGUUCGUGUUACACACAGUGCAUGAAGGACACACAACCAGAGAAGAAACGUAGAUUCUGCUCUCCACUGCUAUUAUUGUUAUACGUGUAUCAUAGCACUUCUUCAUGUUCUAUAGAUGUGAUUUUGAUAUUUUUGUGUUAAUUUCAGGCAAAAAGAGUAUCAAGCUUCUAAUACAAAAUACGAUUGAACUGA